AUGAGUCAAAAUAAUAUCCUAGAGAGGCUUGCAGCUCUCGAUACCAACACUGUUUCUGAUGCCCUUGACUUUCUCAAGCUUCAAGGUGCCGUAUACGGCCUACGACCGCUAUGGGACUGUCCAAAGAUUGCUGGAAGAGCCAGCACAGUUCAGCUAGGCCCAAAGACAGGCACCGCCCCAACAUCCCAUUUGAUCACCCCCGUCAUCAGCGCAGUGACAACAGAUGACCGUAUUCUAGUCAUCGCCGGUGGGCUGGAGGGCAUUUCAUGCUGGGGCGACAUCAUCGCCGACGCGUCAAAGGUCAAGGGCAUACGUGGCACUAUCGUCGAUGGCAUGAGCCGUGAUAUUGAUGGUAGCCGCGACGUUGGAUUUCCUGUUUACGGCCUCGGAGUCACUAUGAUCAGUGCGCGGAAUCGCAUGGUGCAAACCGAUUCAGGGACACCGAUCCUGGUGCGCGGUGUGACAGUCAAGCAAGACGACUACGUGAUCGCUGAUCGGUGUGGAACUGUAUUCAUUCCCGCUGGGCGAAUUGAAGAAGUUCUGGAUCUGGGUGAGCGAAUCGAUCGUCGACAGAACCUCAUGGUUCAAGAAGUUCGUGCCGGGAAGCCAGUAUGCGAGGUUAUGCACGACUCGCAAUUCGACGCCAUCAACAAUAUCAAGACAUCGGAGCUAGGAAAGAUCUGCGGUGCUAUAUACGCUCUGAAUGGUAACCCAAAAAAAGCCAGUCCGGAAGAUGAAGAGCUGGUAGCGCUAUUCGCAGACUCGGACACACCUGGUGUGUCUGAUGCACUCGACAGGCUGGGAAUUCCCGGACAGGUGUUCAACAUCAUACCGCUGACCCACUACAAGAAGGUGACUGUUGGACCCGCUUUCACUGUGCGGUACGUCCCUGCCAGCAACCAGCCAGGAAGCGUGGGCGAUUUCAUCGACGAUGUUGCCGUAGGUGAUGUAGUCGUGAUCGACAAUGGCGGUCGCACAGAUUGCACUGUCUGGGGCGAUAUCAUGACCCAGUACGCCGGUCUUCGGGAUAUAGCUGGAACAGUUAUCGAUGGUGUCUGCCGUGAUGUGAAUCGUGCCAUUGACGACAACUAUCCUCUUUUCACUGCGGGCCGUUGGAUGCGAACUGGGAAAGAUCGCGUGCAGGUGGGAGGAGUCAACGAGCCGGUUGGUAUUGGCAAGGUCCGAGUCGAGCCUCGAGACAUUGUUGUCGCUGAUGCGAAUGGUGUUGUUAUCGUGCCGAGAGCUCGUGCUCGUGAGGUAGCUGAGGUUGCCCGGACGAUUGAGAGGAGCGAGGCUGGUAUCCGCGAGAUGAUUACUGAUGGAGCUACUAUUGCCGAGGCACGAGAGAAGCUUGGAUAUCACACUCUACAGCGCAAGGCUUAG